AUGUUUUGCUAUGUCACAGCCCUUGGAUCUGGUAUACUGUUCUCAUACCCCGAACUCGCUACCAUCACGGGUGUUCAAGGGGUGGUUAUCUAUGCCAUCACCUCAGCCGCCCCUCUCAUGAUCUUCGCCUACCUUGGACCUAUCAUCAGAGCCAAGUGUCCAGAAGGCUUUGUUCUGACCGAAUGGACUAGACAGCGAUAUGGCUUAAUUGCUGCGCUCUUUCUCAGCUUUUUGACACUGGUCACUAUGUUCUUAUACAUGGUGGCUGAGCUCUCUGCUUUGCAGCAGAUUAUGAACACCCUGACCGGGAUGGACGGCCUCCCAAUGGUCAUAGUGGAAUGCGUUGUUACAACUAUAUAUACGUCUCUGGGAGGAUUCAAGAUUUCGUUUAUUACGGAUAACAUACAGGGUGCUAUGGUCAUUGCACUUAUCAUUAUUGCCACUAUCACUGUAGGCGUAGAGACAAAGAUUGACAGAAGCUUGAUUGAUUCGUCCGGCCUGACAAAGGCCAGUCUCUUAGGAUGGCAACUCCUCUAUAUCCUUCCUGUUUCGGUUCUGACCAACGAUUUCUUCUUGUCCAAUUUCUGGAUUCGAACCUUCGCCUCGAAAACCGACAGAGAUCUGUGGAUUGGCGUAUCAAUUGCUGCGCUCGUAACACUCAUCAUCCUGACCCUUGUGGGAUCGACUGGUUUGAUCGCUACCUGGUCAGGGGCCUUUGACCCCAACAAUCCUGACCAGGACGGUAGCGUUGCCUUCUUCUACCUUCUCGAACAAUUACCCACGUGGACCAUAGGCAUUGUGCUCGUCAUGGUGGUCUCUCUCAGCACUGCUGCUUUCGACAGUUUCCAAUCUGCAAUGGUCUCGACCGCAUCCAACGAUAUCUUCCGCAACAAGCUCAACAUCUGGUGGGUACGUGGGGGCGUUGUGUUAAUCAUCUUCCCAGUUGUGGUCCUAGCCCUCAAGGCCCCUUCGAUUCUCCAAAUCUACUUGAUAUCUGACCUGGUAUCCGCUUCCGUUAUCCCCGUCCUGGUGCUUGGUCUCAGUGACUAUUUCUACUUCUGGCGAGGUUUUGAAGUCGUUGUAGGUGGAUUGGGCGGAGUCCUCACGGUCUUUAUCUUUGGCACGAUUUACUACGGCAACGCUCUUGAAGGCGCUCAGCUUAUCUUGUUGGAGCAGGGUCUCUACGGAAAUGACUGGAGCGCAUUUGGGGCUUUUGUUUCCGCACCCGUAGGAGGUAUACUUUGGGGCUUUGGGGCACUCGCUGUAAGGCUUUCGUACCAGUAUAUCGAGGCGAAAGUCAAGGGUAAGCGAUUCGAUGCUCUGGACCGUCCGGUGUAUCUCGACACUCAAGUCGAGGGUGCAGCAGAAUAUGAUGGGAUCGAUGACAUUCGCAACGAUGAUGAUCGUCAAGAGGGUGGUGUCGUUACUGUUGUUCACACGGGAACGGGGAAGUUUUUCUGA